AUGCUCCCCCUAAUCCGCCGCCUCACCGCCGUUCCUUCCCGCCUAGCCGCCCUCGCACUCCGGCAACCACCUCUCGGUCGAGCCGCAACGACGGCGUCCACGACACCCGCGGUAUCCUCCUCCCAUCUCGCGGCGGGUUCGCCGCCUGCAGAGGGUCCAGCAGCUGAUCAGGGGUGCGAGUCGGAGCCCCUCGAUCGCGACUGGGGCUCCACGCUGUCCCGAGCGGAUCCGGCAGAGCUGACCGGGAUUCUCCGGCGUCUGCACGACGAGCAGACCCGUUUGGGCUUGGCCGCCUACAAUCUGCUGCUGAAGCGAGCGUGCGAGGCAGAGGACUUCGCGCUCUUCGCCAAGGUAUUCAGAUACCUUCUGCUCUCCAAAGCCGCCCCCGACUUGACCUCUUACAUGCAUGUCGCCAGGGCCAUUGGGGACUUAGAUGACCCUGAACCGAUGCUCAGGUUUGUGAGAGAGGUAUUGGAGAUCACGCAGGGUAGGGAUCCCACGGUGGUGAAUCGGAUUGUUUUCGCCGUGGGCAGAUACGGACACAUCGAUAAAGGCUUGACCAUAUUCGAGGAGCUGAAGAAAGAUAAGGAGUAUUUGGAUGUCGUCACGUUCAACACCAUUUUGGACAUGCUCGGGAAAGCUGGCCAGAUUGACCCAAUGCUCCGGGAGGUGAAGCUGAUGGAGGAGCUCGGCAUCUCUCCUGACAUCGUGACAUAUAAUACGGUCAUAAACUGCCUGCGCAGUCUUGGAAGAAUCGAUCUGUGCAAAAGCUUUGCAACGGAGAUGGUUGGGAGGGGCAUCGAUCCGGAUUUGAGAACAUAUAGCGCGCUCAUUGAUGGUUUCGGCCGGGCGGGCCGUGUUACCGAUGCCCUCGAAGCUUUUGAGCAGAUGAAGAAGUCACACCGGCCUUCGGUUUAUGUCUACCGUGCACUCAUCAGUGACCUGAAAAAAGCUGGACGGUUUGAACUUGCACAAAAGCUCUCUGAUGAGAUGGAUUCAACUGCUUCCAAUCUGUUAGGCCCUCAAGAUUUCAAGAAGAAGUUCAAGGGGAAAAAAGGCAGGUAAGAAGCAGAUGAGUUACCUCUACCAGGCUUGUAUGAUUCCUAUACAUGUGCCAGGUGCUGGUACAUACUUCCAUACUCCCAAUGGAUAUUGGAUUACCGGUUAGCGUCUUCAGAAGAUGCAUCACAGGAAAGAAACACAGAACUACAAAGCUCAGAUUGC